UGGACACAAGAACUGCACGCCCUCCGCGUCGGCACGCAGCGGUACCUCAAAGACCUCGAACGCGAGUUGCUCCAUUUUCGGAAAAAGCAUCCGGGGUUGCAGAAUUCGCCCCAGGUGUUGAGGAUAGGAGACUACCUGGCUCGCCUGCAAUCGCUUAUUUGGCUGUUUUUGGUAUUUGCCCUUCUCUCUCGGGCUUCUCUCUCUCGUCCCUCCCACACACUAACCUCGUUGUGGAUCAAAGGACGACACCCAACCACUACCACCCUCCACCACCCACACAUCAAAACGCAAAGCUGAUAUUCCCGCCACGCGUAUCGCCGAUAAAAGUGGUCCCCGAUCGAGGGACAGAAGUACGGCGAGUGAGCGAUAUAAAAUGGUGCAGAGGGCGACGAGACGGGACUCGCUUUCGUCGAUUGAUAGUGGGGGGAGGUAUGCGCAGCGACGGGGGGAGAGGGACAAGGAUGUGUCGCCGGGGGUGGUGCGGAGUGAAUACAAACCCGUCAAAUCCCGGCCCCUCCGCCCUCCGCCUUCCCCAAGCCACUCGCACGCCUCGUCGUCACACCACAACGCGAAACCUGCGCGUACGGCAAGUAAAAGUAAAAGCAAACCAACAUCCCAAUCACCAGCGCGGCAACACUCUUUUCGACGGUUUGAUCCAACAGAAUAUAUCCGCGCGCGGACGAGUCAGUUGGAUGAACGCCGCGCGCGGAGCCGGGAGCGGAUCGAGGGGGGCAUGUUUGGCCGUCAGGCGUCUGCGGACUCGGUCGGAUCCACGCGGUCUGGUGCUGGAUCGCGUGAUAGGGCGAGACGGGAACCAGCGGGUCUGGGAAUUGGGGCGGGAAAGAGUGGAAGACGAUCGGCGUCAGCGACUAGUCUGGAUAACGAAGUGCUGAGACGGGUGUUGGAUGGACGGUAUGGGUAUGAUGAGACGAGGAAAUCGAGUGGGACGAGAAGGGUGAGGGAUAGGGAGAGUAGCGCUGGCGCGCGGAGAGGGUAUGAGGGUUCACCACACCCCCCGCCGCCGCUGGGAAGGACGGGUAAAGCGGCGCGGAAACCGUCGUCGCCUUCAACGCGGGCGUACCCACCACCAGUACAUGACUCGACCGCUUAUCCCAGUCGACACCGCGAUGGUGAUCAACACCGCCAUACCCGUCCCACGCAACGCCGCCGUGAAUACAACAGCGCCGACGAUGAUGAUGAUGUUGGCGAUGGAGGAUUCACAGACGCAAACACAGACGCGAGCGACCCCGCGAUCGAGAGCAUUGAUCGGCGGUUGGAGGUUUUGUAUGAUGCGAUUUUGAAGGUGCAGGGUGUGGCUGGUCCGGGUGGGGCUGCGCGGAGGAGGGGGUGAAGGCGGGUUUGGAUGGCAAGAUCAUGUAGGAUUAUGGCGUAUCCCGCCUAAGCAGUCGGAUCGGAUAUGAACACGCCAUUGUUUGCUAUACUAAGGAACGUAAACUCCGACACGCGUGCAGAGGCACGUGACCCGGCGUUGCGAG